AUGUCAAAUCAUGACUACAGUCCAGGUGACCUUGUAUGGGCUAAGGUUGACGGUCACCCUUACUGGCCAAGUCUGGUGUGUAAUAGCCCUCAAGAUCACACACAUUCCAAGAUUACAAAAAAAGGCAUUCAGAUUCAUGUACAGUUCUUUUCCUCACCAUGGACCCGUGCUUGGGUUAAAGUCAAAAGUGUUAGACCAUUUGCUGGUAGGAAGAUAGAUGACUGUAAACCGGGAGGUAUUUUCUACUCCAACAAAAAAGCUCUCUGGUUAGCUGUUGAGGAGGCAGAGAAAGCCGAGUUCAUGACCUUGAAGGAGAGAUUACAACUGAUGAUUGCUAGUCCAUGCAAGGAUGAUGAUGAAUCUGAUGAUGAAGAAGACGAUGACGACGAUGAUGAUUAUGAUGAUGAUGACGAUAUAUUGAAGGACAACAAAAAGCACAAGCCUAUUACAAAGCAAUCUACCAAACAGCCUCAAGCAAAGAAAAGGAAAGCUGAAAAAGAACCAAUCAAGCCCAACAAGAUGAGGAAGACAUCUACGAGCCCGCAAAAAAUGAAGAUGACAUCUUCUAACCCUCCAGUAUCACAGUCAUUUAAAAUUGGAAAAUCAAGGAUUCCCAAGCACUGGAAGACUGCUUAUGUCUUGAUGAACACAAAUGAUGUACCAGAAGAUCUCACGCCAGAUAAUUUUAUUACAGUAAAAGCAUUGCCUAUAAAGAAGGAACAUAUUGAGCUAGAGCUGCCUGAAGAGAGUGAUGAAUACAAUGAUUUAGAUUCAGAAGAUGAAAUUCUGGACUCCGAUGAGGAUCCUGGAUGGUCACCAGAAGUAGAAAAGUCUGAUGAUGAUAUACUUGAAGAUGAACCGGAUCUACCAGACUCAGAUGAUGAAAGUGUAGAGGACUCUGAUGAAGACCCCGGCUGGUCACCGUCCAAGAACAAGAAACAGACAGAAAAGAGACCUAAACAAUUUAGACUGAUAGGCAAACAGAAAACUGGACAAAAAACAUCUCCUAAAUCUAAACAAAAAUCAGCACCUAAAACCAGUCAAAAAAGUACGGCAACAGUAUCACAGAAGAAGACCGCAUCUCAAGUAAAGAAAACUGCAAGUACAGUAUCAGACAAACCUGCAGCUACUAGUGGCAGUGCUGUACCUGCAAACAAACAAAAUCGUAAUGUUGUAAUUACUGAUAACAGCCCAACAGGUUUCUUGCCUGAAAUUGGAGACUUUGUUCUGGAAAAAGAAGAAUGUCAAGAUGGAAACAUACCAUACUUGUGGCGUUACAAAAGAGGUGGUCUUAUACAGAAGUAUGAACGAAUGGAAGAGGAUGGAAAAGUCUUCUAUCAAAAUGUUCUUAGUUUUUCAGACUGGUGGGCUUGUUUUGCUCAUAGAUAUCAGAAAGUUGAAACUCAGACGCUAUAUAGGUACAAAAAUCUAGAGAAAGUAGAAAUAACUAAACAGCCUGUUAUUGAACCUGUGCCUGAAAUCGCAUCAAGUCCAGCUGCUCCGAAAGGAAAUUCUUCCCAAAGUACUGAUAAUAACAACAAAGAAACUACCAAUAAUAAAAAUAAAACAACAGAAAGAAUGCAGGAACAAGAGAUUUCCUCUACUACUCAGGACACUGGUACAGAUAUCCCCGACAGAGCAUUCCAGAUUGGUCAGUUUGUUCUAGACAUGAAAGAUAAGAGAAAUGUUGACAAUUUCCCAAUUUGGAAAAUAGAAAGCCAAAUUCUACUGAAGAAAUAUGAGCCAGUGUUUAAAAAUGGAAGAAUGCGUCACAGGCCAGUGAAAACAUAUAGGGGAUAUAAAGAUAUCAGCAAGCAUUAUCUGAGUAUAACAGUAAAUCGUUGUAUGAAUGAACCUGGUGAAGAACAUGUGGAGGUUACCGAGGAUACGAAACCAAAAAUUACACUCACUUCUACUAUGGAGGAGGAAUAUGAGAAGAAUCCAUUGUUACGUCAUUUCUAUGUUUACAUGCAAGUGUUCUUAAGUCAAGCAUUAGAGCCAGGAUUCCUGGAUGAAGUCAGAAAAACAAAUGAUCCUACAUACAUAUUUCCUCUGGGAGAGAUAGAUAAAAUAGUUGACCAAAAAACUGUAAAUAUUGAGAGAAAAGUGAAGUGGACAAAUAGAGUAAAGGAUGCUUUGAAGAAAUGUCCGUAUCUUAGAGAAGUAAACAAACCAGAUGAUAAAAGAAAGUGCGAGGCUUUAGCUCACAGUGAUGAACUAGUGGAGGAGUCAGUGUUUCUGUUUGGAUCAGAUUAUGAUAAAGAUACAUUAAAACACUCAGGAAAUAGUCAUCCAUGUCAGGAAUUUAAGAUAGGAAAGACAGCUGUGAAACAUAUGAGUACAUAUCAUCAGCUGUGUCACUUCAAAUAUAACCUCUAUGAUAAAUGUUUAGCAAAGAUCAAAUUGAUUCGUGACAGUAAAGAAGGUGGUGUGGAAGUGGAGAAGAUAAUGGAUGAAUGUCUGGGUAAUAAAGCAUGGGUCAUUCAGAACUUUGAGGAUUUUAUGACACUGGUGGAGAUGACGUGACUUUAGCGACGUCACCAAAAGUCAAACUUGCUUCCAACGUAACUCAUGACAUAUACUUAAUACACACAUUACAAUGUACAUGUACUUACACAGGGAUAUUAUGUCAGUAGUGUAACUGUAGAUAUAGUUAACACAUCUAUCUAUACAUGUGUAUGCACGUGUAAAGUAUAAACAUGUGCAUAAGGUCAUUAAACGAUGUGACUGUAUUGCUUACAUAUCAUUUUUGAUAUUUUAGUGUAAAUUUUGUGCUCAAAUGUGUAUAGCUGGAUAUGUGAACCAGCUAUCUUAUCUGUCUACUUAUCUACUUGGAUCUUAUUCAGAAUAUUGUUUUAUCAGCUUGGUUUCCAAGAAAAAGUCAAGCUAUUAAUAUUGCUGCAUUGUUGAUGUUGUCAUGCAAAAACUUUUAUGAAGCCCAUUAUUCAAACAGCCAGAAUACUGAGCAAACUGACUGAUCUUUUCCCUACUAGUAAAUCCACUAAGAUUUUUUUCAUUAAAUUUUAACCAUCAAAAAGAUGUAUUUUUAGAAAUUAAAUAUAUAACAAUGCAUUUCAGUUUGAAAUUGUAACUCUGAAUGUCUUUGAAUAUAGAUUUCAGAUUUGAACAGAGAGUGAUCUACCUGCCCUUUGUGUUCAACAUCAUAUUCUAUAAUUAUAUAGACCGGAUUUAUGUUUUAAUUGAAAUUUUUUACAUGUUUUUUGGCCAAAAGUAUGGUUCCUCUGUUAAUAUACCUGAUUUAUGUACACAUGUAUUAAUUCUGAGACUUUGCUAUUAUAAGCAGAAUGACUGA